AUGCAGGUUCCCUUGGGGGCUGCCUGCAUCUUCCUGAGAAAGGGCAUUGCGGAGAAACAGCGGGAGAGGCUGCUGGGGCAAGAUGAGAUUGAAGAGCUCCGAGAAGCUUUUCUGCAGUUUGACAAGGAUAGGGAUGGGCUCAUCUCGUGCAAGGACCUGGGCCACCUCAUGCGGACGAUGGGGUACAUGCCCACGGAGCUGGAGCUGGCAGAACUGGGCCAGCAAAUCCGCAUGAACUUGGGGGGUCGCGUGGACUUUGAUGACUUCGUGGAGCUGAUGGCACCCAGGCUGUUGGCAGAAACGGCAGGGAUGAUCGGAGUUCAGGAGAUGCGAGAUGCCUUCAAGGAAUUCGACAGCAAUGGGGACGGGGAGGUCACCCUUGGGGAGCUGCAGCAGGCUAUGCAGAGACUCUUGGGUGAGAAGCUCAGCCCUCAGGAGUUGGCCGAGGUUGUCCAGGAAGCCGACAUCAAUGGAGAUGGCACCGUCAACUUUGAAGAGUUUGUGAAGAUGAUGUCUCGCUGA